UUCCUCAGAGAAGCACACACUCUCUCUCGCUCUACCAGAAUGGCUCCUACCUACACCAGAGACUACCAACACUAUGCUCUCCACUAAAGACAAGCAUAAACUUAGGAAACCAGUUGUGGAGAAGAUGCGUAGAGACCGCAUUAACAUCUGCAUAGAGCAGCUCAAGACCCUGCUGGAGAAGGAGUUCCACAAACAGGACCCCAACACCAAGCUGGAGAAGGCUGACAUCCUGGAGAUGACGGUGGGAUUCCUGAAGCAGCAGCUGCAGCCUCAGAACCCAGUCCCUCAGACGGCCCACAGUGAGGGCUACUCCCAGUGCUGGAGGGAGACCCUGCACUUCCUGUCUUCCAGCUCCAUGAAGGACAUGAUACUCCAGAACCUCCAGAGAGCAGGCCAGGACGUCUGCCCCUCCUCUCCACUCUCCUCCCAACACCAACACCACAGCCGUGACCCAGUGAAGCAGGCCACCGGUGGUCACAAAACAGUCUGGAGGCCCUGGUAGAACCACUGCAUGGAGACUCUUUAUCUCACAAACUGGAUGGGUGCUUACCAUCUUUCUUGCUGUAGGAAAUUUCCAAAUGUUAUAUUGAAAUGAUAAUAUUUUCUUGUUAUAUAUGAAAGGAACUCUACUGAUGUGAUUAUUCUCUCUCAGAGAAGAAGCUGAAAAACAUAUUAGUAGUACUUCAUAAUGAAGAAUAUGUUUAACAUUUUACAUGUGUAUGUUUACGUGUGUAUGCAUUUUGUGAUCACUUGAUGCACCAAUGUGUUAUUUAGUCCUUUCAUUUUCUAUGAAGAUGAUUUGUAAAAUGAUAUAUUUACAUUUAUGGUUGCUUAGCCAACUAAAAUCUUGCGUUAACCAUAUUGUAUGUACUGUCCUAUUGAAGGAUAUUUACAAAUGCUUUGAUAUGCCUUUUGUAAAGGCUUUUUGGGACAUUGUUAUUCCACCAUAGGCACUAUUGUGCUGUGAAAUGUAUUGUUGACACUGUGUGUCUUUCAUUCUCACUUGAUAAAGUGAACACACAUUCAAAAAGGAUUCCAAUUAAUGUUUUGGAAAGUAACCAUACUGUGUUUGUGUGUUUCUAAAGGAGCUGUAGUUAACCAGGGGAUGAUGGGACAUAAUGUAGAAAAAAACAUAAUGUAGAUGGAAUGUAAUAAUUUUAUAAACUGAAGUGGAGAUCAACAGGAAAUGACAGAUAACGCAAACAGGCAUCUGGCCACAUCAACACAUGAGGAUGUAUUAUCGUGUUUAUUAGUGCAAUGUAUCUACUCCUGGUCAGAGAAAAGCCUCACUUCUGAUUGGUGAAUAAAUAAAGGAAGGAUGAUAUGUAAAAAUAAUCUUCAAAACAAUUUAGCAAAAUCACAAAAUGAUCCAUAUAAUGCCCUUAAACCUAAGUUGUAUGGUCGCAAUUACUGUAAUGGAAUUCCCUAUCUAGCCCAUUACAUUGAAGCUCUUGGAGACUUCUGCAUUGCUGUGAGGGGCACUUCUUUUCAAAUAUAAGUGUUAAAAAUAGCUGCCUGACAAAAUAUAGUUGCUUAAUUUGGUGAUCCACAUCUCAACACCAAUCUGGAAAUCUUGCAUAUAGUUUAUUUUGACAUUUACAUUAACAUAUUUUUUAUUAGAGAGAUCUUAUUGGAAGUGAUGUACAA